CACAAAAAAAAACGUCGUGAUUACAAAUGAUUCAAAAGUUACUCAACAAUAAUAAAAUAUUUGUGUAUUUUUGGCAAAAAAAUUCGCUGUGAGACUGUUGUUCAAAGAAAACAUCAAAAAAUACGAAGAUAAGAAGCUUUUUAAUGAGCUCCCAAAAUUUUAAUAAAAAUUACGAUUGUGAUAUUUCAAAGAAAGUACAAAAUUCGAAAAAAACGCAACAAACAAAUGGAAAUGCAGACCAAUGAAAACGACAAAAUGGUUCAGCUGAAAAACACCAAAAACGAGGGAGACAUCAAAAAACUCGCCGCAAAUUUUUUGUUCAUCGACGAGGAUGAAACUGGAAACACGGAAAUAAUUUCCGAUGAUUUCGAUCAGGAAAUUGAUAAAUCCAUUCAGGCGCUUGACGAUUACGGGCACUUGUCGGAAGAGGAGCCCUACGUUGAGUUAGAUGUCAAUCCGUUGCCCGACACUUUAAAGGCAAACACGGAAGAGGGCGCUGCUCGUUCACGAACUGUUUCGGGCGAAAGUAGUGGCAGUAGCGACGCUGAUGAAAAUCUCGCUGACACGAUAAAGAAAGCGCCUUUAGUCAUAACAGAAGUUGUGCCGUACCAACCGCCUCCAUUUGCUUUAGCUUUCAAUAAUCGACGACGCCUUUCCGAGUGUCGCGAAGAAGAAGAAAUAGAAUACGAAAAUUCCGAAGAAAAAAAAGAAGAUGAAGUUAAACAAAAAGAGGAAGAAAUUCCCGUGGCAGAGCCACAAACAAAAUUCAAAGUAUCCAAAACAGAAACCCCCGUCGAGCAUAAAAAAUCCACGGAAAUCAACACGGGCACACGUAAAUUUAUCAUUACAAAAGCCGAUAAAAGUCCCAUCGCGGCACGACAUGAAAUCAAGUUGCUCAAAGAUCGUACCGUGCAACAUAAUUCGCAAACGAUACAUUUUCCCUGCAGCCAACCGAACCGCACAUCUAUCCAAAAUUGGUUUUCGCCAACACGCAAAAUGGAGCCGCAUGUCGACAGUCGGUACUUUGAUACGUCGCUCGUGGAAAUUCGAUCGCCCACGAAUGAAGAAGCCAACGGAAAGUCCGCAGAAAAUGUUGGCAGCGACGUGAAGAGUGAGACGCUCGACGAUAUUUGGGUUAAACGUGAAGCAAAGUCACCUGUUAGCAAUAAAGUCGCAUCGAAACACGUUCACAUUGAUUUUUCCGAACCUGAUACGGGGAAAGAACGCCCAGCAAGUGCUCCCGUCGGAGAAUUACAAAAAAGCUUUAAACGAUCGAAGAAGGAAAAGGAAGAAGCGCGUCGUCUGGAGAAGGAAAACCGAAAAACGGAAAAAGAAGCGAGACGACGCAAAGAAGAGGCACAGCGACAACUCGAAAGACUGGAAAAGGAAGCAGCAAAGUUAGAAAAGCUCAAUAGAAGUAACGAGAAAAUUUAUACACGAAGUGUCGAGCGGGUCAGUGGGCGUUCAGGAUCGCUUGAGAGACGACGAAGCGGCGAUGGACCUGUUGUACUUAAUCAAAGCACAGUUCACGGAACUGCAAGCCCAAGUAGGCGCCCCACAAUUUUCGACGUUUUUCGUCCGCGUCGCGGCUCAGAUCCAAAGAAAAAGGACAAAGAUCCCUCAAAAUCGUCUGGCAGUGAUAAAGAUAGCACGGGAAGCGGCGGCAGUUCGAGCGGCAUCAUGCACAGCAUGAAAGUAGCGAUGCAACAUACCGGCUUAAUAGGGCACAGCGGCAAAAGUGGCGGCGGAACAGGCACAUCAGACACGCAAAAAGCCAAAGUUAAAGAUGGAUCGGCACAUCCUCAUGCCGGUAGUCAUGCUCAAUACUACCAUACAGUUACCGCUGUUCGAAGAGCAGAUGUUUCCAAAUCACCAAUGACCAAAGUAAUGGAUUUGUUUAGGCAUCGUUCCAACUCGGCAAUGUCUGAUGCUGACAAACGAAAAGCGAGAGCAACUGCACAGCAACAACUUAUCGCGGCACAAACUGCUCACAUGAGAAGAGCUUCUGCUGAAUUAGCGGAAAGGAGAAGGGCAUCCUUGGGAGCUGCAAGUAAAGUAUUUAGACCGGAUGGAACGUUAGAUCCGCAUCAUGCAGCCAUUUUGUUCAGAGACUCGCGAGGGCUACCUGUGGCUGAUCCGUUUUUGGAGAAAGUGAGCCUAUCAGAUUUAGAAGAAGAUGAAUCCCAAAUAUUUGUCAAGUUCUUCCGUUUUCACAAGUGCUAUGAUUUGGUGCCGACUUCGGCUAAGCUAGUUGUAUUUGAUACUCAAUUAUUAGUAAAGAAGGCCUUUUAUGCAUUAGUCUACAACGGAGUUCGGGCAGCGCCAUUGUGGGAUAGUGAGCGACAGGAAUUUGUCGGCAUGCUAACUAUUACAGAUUUCAUCAAAAUUCUCCGAAUGUAUUACACAUCACCGAAUUCAUCCAUGGAACAACUCGAGGAACACAAGUUGGAUACGUGGCGAAGUGCACUUUCGUCACAAGUCAAAAAGUUAGUUAGUAUUUCGCCAGAUGCGUCGCUGUAUGACGCCAUUAAAACACUAAUACACAAUAGGAUUCAUCGAUUGCCAGUCAUUGAUCCGCUAACGGGCAACGUGCUGUAUAUAUUGACACACAAAAGAAUACUUAGGUUCCUGUUUUUAUAUAUAAAUGAAUUACCAAAACCAUCGUAUAUGCAAAAUACAUUGCGAGAACUCAAAAUUGGCACAUACGAUACCAUCGAAACCGCGAGCGAGGACACAAGUAUCAUCGAUGCCUUGGAAAAGUUUGUAGAACGUCGUGUCUCUGCCCUGCCAAUUGUCGACGCCGAAGGACGUCUUCUGGAUAUUUACGCGAAAUUUGAUGUGAUUAAUUUAGCUGCUGAGAAAACCUACAAUGACUUGAACGUGUCACUGAAGAAGGCAAACGAGCACCGCAACGCAUGGUUCGAGGGCGUGCAACGUUGUUCGCUCGACGAAACCCUGUACACCGUCAUGGAGCGCAUUGUGCGCGCCGAAGUGCAUCGUCUAGUCGUCGUCGAUGAAAACGAAAAAGUCAUCGGCAUCAUUUCCCUCUCCGAUUUACUGCUGUAUUUAGUGUUGCGCCCCAGCGGCGAUGGCAUUGGCGACUCAGAGUCGUUGCGUGCCUCGGAUCCGGCGCUUGCCGCGAAGAAAAUUGCCGUUGCCGACUGCAAAAUGCAACACAAUUCGAGUAACGAGAGUAUUAAGGAGGAAACGGAACGCGAAUUGGCAACGGAAGAGGCAACCGAUUGUAUUAGUGAUAAGCAAAAUGUGAGCAGUAGCAAUGCUGACGACAAAAAGACUGAGGAGGGAACGGAAGUUGCGACAGAAAAUGGAUGCACGACGAUGGAUGAGGUCGCUGUCGAAGCCACAGAAGCGAAUGUUUCGCCGGAACACGAGUCCUCCGUAUGCCAUUCGGCACGCAGCGAUACGCCCGAGUGCGAGGAAGCGCCGCAACAACCGACAAUGAAUGAAAACUCGUUCCAGAAUGUCGCCCGCGAAGUGGCAUUGGUGAGCGAGUAAGCAACAAAUAUUGCGAUAUGUUACAAAAAUGUGUGUUAAAGAGCCUAGUUUUACCUUAAUUGAUCAUUAUCUUAUUAUUUAACUAAGAAAAUUUAAAAAAAUAAUUCAAAACGCGAAAAAUGAAUUAAUCCCAAGUUUAAAAAAAAAUAAUUACAGAAAAUAAAACAUUUAAAAAAAAUAAUUUGUAAAUAUUCCUCAUUUUCCCAUAAUUUCCUUCAAUUUUGGACCACUUUUUGGAAAAUCCAUCGGAAAAUCGUGUGCUAUAAAUAAAUAAAUAUUUAUCAACUUGCCUUCAGUUUGAAACUCUAAACAAAGAAUUUAUCAAAGGGACUCUUUUUUCUACAAAAAAAAAAACUUUUCUAUGCUCUUUUUGUCUCCAGUAGGACGUAAAUUGUGAUAAUUCUCCGAAAUUUUCCUGAAAGUCGCCCAAAUUUGAAUUCCUUUUAAAAAUCCAGUGAAAUUUCCAACAACAACAACAUAUCUCAGUUUUUACUUCGAGAGAAAAUUUAAAUUAAAAAAUAGAAAAAUUG